UUUUUUUUAUUCUAGCAAACAUAUAGUUACGUCGACUAUAAUAGGCAUUAAUAUCUAAUGGUUCACAUUCGAUACGGCAAAUGUUGUUCUAGUAAAAAGCGUAUUUACAGAUGACGUAAAAUUUUUUUGUUUCACAAGAUAAGAAACUCUUAGAAGAUUACUUACAAUAUAUAUUUUCUAGUUCGUUUGAAAUAAUCACGGGAAAAUUAACGUAAAGGGAAAAAAAGUUCAGAAUGUGUCUCGAUGCAGUUACAGUUAGGUGCAGGUGGGGAGAGAAACAGAAAGAGAGAGAUCGGUAGGUCGUUCUACAACAGUACAACUUUCAACACAAGUUACGAAGGAGCUCAGUAAGUUCGCGAUCACCGUGUACACGCGAUCCAUGUAAAAUAGUACAAAUACAUAGAUUCAAGUACCGCAGACGAUUGAAGAAAUAAAUCGACCGUGUAAAAUAUUAACAGCUUGCGAUGGAGAAACCCGAACAGAAAUCUGAAAUUCAAACCUUUUACAAAGAUAAGGUCAUCUUCAUUACCGGUGCUUCCGGCUUUAUGGGCAAAGUUCUUAUUGAAAAAUUAUUGUAUGCGUGUUCCGAUCUCAACAAAAUCUACAUUCUUAUUCGACCCAAAAGAGCCCGCAGUGUCGAAACUCGGGUCGAAGAGAUGUUCAAGUUGCCUCUGUUUCAAAGAAUACGGAAUGAGAAACCGCAGCUUUUUAAGAAAGUCAUACCGUUGAACGGUGACAUAUUAUCGCCCAAUUUAGGACUUUUUGAUGAGCAAUGUGAACUUCUGGCAAACGAAGUAAACAUAGUAUUUCAUAGCGCCGCGACGCUUCGACUAGAGGCAAAAUUGAAAGAUGCUGUUGACAUGAAUCUAACAGGUACAAAAAGAAUAUUGGACUUGGCAAAACAAAUGAAGUACCUCAAGGCUUUUGUGCAUAUAAGCACAGCCUUCUGUCACGUCGACCAAGAGGAACUCGGUGAGCGUACCUAUGACUCGCCCAAUGAUCCUCAAGAUAUCAUGAGACUUGUUCAGUGGUUAGACGAAGAUGCUAUCGAUCUUAUUUCACCAAAAUUACUGCAUCCCCAUCCAAAUACCUACACAUAUUCGAAACGUUUGGCUGAAACGCUGGUGGCCAACGAGUUUCCCAAACUACCUUGUGUCAUUGCCAGACCAUCGAUCGUAACACCUUCUCUCAAAGAACCUAUGCCAGGAUGGGUUGACAACUUAAACGGACCUACAGGAUUGAUUGUCGGCGCAGGCAAAGGUGUCAUCAGAUCGAUGCAUUGCAACGGCGAUUAUCACGCUGAAGUUAUUCCAGUUGAUAUUGCGAUUAACAAUCUAAUUGUGAUUGCGUUCAGAAUUGCUACCAACCGGGAAAAAACGAAAAGUAUACCUGUAUUAAAUAUAACACAAGGAAAGACACAUCCGAUAACAUGGAGAGAAGUACUAGAUAAGGGCAGAGUUUGCGCUUAUGAAUAUCCUUUCGAGGGACAAGUUUGGUUUCCGGACGGGGACAUGCGUAGCAAUAAAUUUGUACAUAAUAUAUUUGUCUUUUUCUUUCACAUUAUUCCUGCAUAUUUCAUUGACUUUUUGAUGUUGCUAUUUCGACAGAAAAGAUUUAUGGUCAGAAUUCAAAAACGAAUUUCCGUUGGACUUGAAGUGUUACAAUAUUUUACUACAAGAGAAUGGAUAUUUCACAAUGCUAGAUUACUUAAAAUGGACAAGGAACAAUCGCCAAUGGAUAAAAAGCUAUUUCCAACAAUAGUUUACGAUGUCAAUAUAGACGAAUACCUUAAAUACGUCAUCCUCGGUUCGCGGCAAUAUUGUAUGAAAGAGGAUCUAUCUACUUUGCCAAAAGCCCGUCGACAUCAAAAAAUAAUGUACAUUAUCCAUAUUACAACCAUAUAUUUAUUUUAUUUUGGCGUGUUAUAUUUUAUAUACAACAACUUUGGAAUAAUAAGACUUUGCCUGGAAUGUGUCACCGAAGUAAUAAAAUCUUUACCGCUCAUAGGCACAGUAAUUCAAAUGCUACGUCUCUAAGAACGUUUAUAGACAUUCUGUGUUUAUUGCUUUAUAUGCAAUGAGCAGACAAGGAACGGUAAUUUCUUUGAUGACAAUCUAUUACAUCUUUUACUUGACUUGCUUGUAAUCUCUGUUAUAAAUUAUGAGGUUGAAGGCAAUUUCAAUGUACCAUUGAUAUAGAAAUAUUUAUUUGGUCGGCUAUUGAUAUUAAUUAUAACUUCGAUAUAGAUAUAUGUACUAGGAUAUUUGCAAAAAAACUGGCUAUCUAUAUCAGUUUUUAAUUUUCGAUCAAAAUAUAAAUUUUUAGAGAAACUUCAAUGAAAGAACGUUUGAGAUAACUAUACAUUGUAUAAGUUUUCUCGCGAUAUAUAAAUGUGAUAAAUAUAUCGCCGCACUAUCCGAUAUACACAUGUACAAGCAUAUUUAAUGGAAUAAAGGUUUAUGUGCACAUAGAGAUGUAUUGUUCAAGA